AUGCUAACAGAGGCCUUUCAAGAUGAGGGUCAAGCCAUCGCCAAGAGUUUCUUCGUCUCGUCUGACGUCUCCGAGAAGGCGUGGAGCAGCGUUAGGCUCUUGUCUGAGGCGGAUGAUAUCACGUUCUGGACAGUUAUAGCACAUCACGAUAGGUUAUCAAGCGUCUUUACCAAUUUGGUGACGGCGGUUGAUCAGGCACACAGCUCAGCAUCCCUCGCGCGCCGUCGUUCAAUUCGAAAGGAGGAUGAGCACGCCCUAGGUGUUAUUUUUAUACGACUGGCUACCACCACAGCGGUUUGCACGAGGCGCCAUGUCGGGGUGAUGAACUUAGCUAUGCGCCUUGAUAAAAUCCUCCCUCUCUCGCUAAUCUUUUCGAUUUCUGCGAUGUUGCUUCGUCGGAGCGGGCCCGCCGCGUCCGUGUGUGUGAGCUCCUUCUUUCUCUUGAACCCCGGGUAUCUGUGCCGUUUGCCGUUAUUUAUGAUGGGCUGGUAUGAUGCUAUCAACCGACUUGCCACGCGGUGCAAGUCAGAGCUCCAGCGAGGUCGCUUUCAGCGCGUGGCGGGAGAUAUCCUCCCCCUCCUCGAGCAGAGCUUUCGCCAUGUGAGACAACUAUGGGCUGCACUCCACUGUAGCCCAUUUCUGGCGGAUUAUGUGAGCACCACACGUGUACUACGCGCCAUGCGCAUCGUUGUGGAUGUAAUUUCGCCACUCCUGCAGCAUUUCGUGAUGCUAUGCAAGGAUCUGAAUCCUAUUCGAGACAUCUUGUCGCAGGCCAACUCGAUCCUAAUCAACUCCGCCCUCAACGUGUCGAUCUUGCUGAUUUUAUUUCAUCGCUUCGACCAUGUUGCCGGGCAUCGUUCCUGGGUGCUGCCCAAGCCAGUUGAGGAAACUUACGCUGCGCUGCAGGAGGCUAUCGAGCGGUACGCGAUCGGGGUGCCCGCGCAGCUUCUCGGCAGCCGCCACGUAUUUAAAAAUUUGCCCUCCCUAAUUAGCACGUUAGUUCCCGCAACAGCGGACGACCAGGACACGCAAAUCGGUAAGGUGAUUCUGACGGUGCUGUCUGAGGAAAUCCAGGGCAGUAAGGAUUUUGUGGAGCUUCUCAACAGGGAAAGUUGCCGCCAGCGUUAUGGCGAACUUCUACUUCUGGAGCUCACUCACCAAGGCGUACGGUUUGACGAACUACUAAGCAGGCAAUUUUUAACCAUACACGAGGCAGAAAAACUCGGGGUCUGCGAAGAUGUCAUUGCGCGUGCUCUUUCAGGACCUCUGCAGGAAUCAGCGAAUGACAUGGUAGGGGGCGCGGGCAUUGAAAGCAGGGCGAAUACCACCUUUGUUGACGCCCCUGUAAAGCUUUCCGAAGACAAAGGACCCUGCGCAAGCGCUAGUGGCAACCCCCCCGGUGACGUGGAAACCAGCGUGGCGAUGGUCCGGGAAGUAUUUCCGCAGUUUAGCGUAUCUGGCAUCCGCUUAGCGCUAGAUUACUACGGCGAUGUGGAACAGUUUAUCUUUGACGCCAGUAUAAAUAACAUUCCACCCCAUCUUGUGGAUGUGCUAAAUGCCGCUUCCCCCCCUCCCGAAAGGGCUGUGGACGCGCCGGUGGAGGAUUGCGAAUCUGCGGAACCGGCGCCACCGCAGGCCUCCGUCACGAAAGAGGAUCUCGACGACACUCUUCGUGGGGUUGAUUUCCACCUCUACCUCGGCAGUGAUCUCUGCGAGCUACUCUCCGGAGGCGACGGGGAGCAGGGCGAGGGCGAUGCAAACAACACGAUGUGGGGUACCACCUACGCUGGGGUUGUCAGUUACCGCAAGGAGGACAUUGACAUUCCGGCGGCAAAUCUUGCGUUUAACAUCGACGAAGACCUCAAAGACAAAAUUCGAAUGCUGAACGAGCUUAUUUAUGAGGACGAGCCCGACGAUACAGGGCUUGACGUGGCUGCAUUUGAUGCAAACGUGGAGGACAGCACGGAUUCCCAAUCCUGGGUGGACAAAGGUGCUGGUGAGCCGACCAGAGAUGAUGAUGUGGUGGCGAACUCCCCCACGAGUGGGACCCGUGCUGACUCGUUGCCCGUAACGUCAAGGAAAAUACCGAAUGAUGACUACAACAAAAAGCGGUUUCAUGUUAAGCAAACGAAGGAGCGUGCUGAGUUUCUGAAGAAGCGGUACGCCGACGGUACGGCGCCAGCCGUAGAUGGGGCGAACAAGGGGCCCUCUUACACGAAAAAGAAGAAAACUGAAAGACGACCCUUAAAGAAAAGGGCUGGCGACAAUAAUGCCUUGCUCAGGGCUGUGCGAAAAGGGCGCCUGCAUGCUGAUUUUUGA